ACGAAGCCUUCGCAUUCCUGUCCGGCGGAACCGCUGAAGGAAGGGAGCCGAACGAGCAAGCAAGCCACCAACGAAGGUUGCUAGGGCCGGAGUGGAUGGGGUUCAUGCUGCGGGUGAGGCUCGCCUCCUUCUUCGUCGGCGCGGCUGCCGCCGCCGCGGGCGGGGGCUACUUCCUCUACAAGGACUACAAGCUCGCCAACGACUCUCUGGCCCUCAAGGUGAAAUGUCUCCAAGACUCAACUGACACUCGCUACGAAGCCCUUGAAAAGCGACUCGCUGCUUUGGAAGGUCUGCAAAGCCCUGAGGCUGCACCGGAUGUGGAUACGCCAUCUGAUUAGUCUGUUCGCUACGAGACUUUGAUUUACGUCUGUUUUCGUUUGCCCCAGUUGUCUUCUCCUUUGAAAGCAAGUACCUGACCAACAACAAAAUAAUCUAGGAUGCUUCUUUUGUACUGCAAAUGUCUGAGGCUGAGAUUCUCCCCUACAUUUCAUGCCAGAAAAGCACAUGAACAUCAGAACUCUGAUUACUCAGGCAUACUGAGAAUGGCCAAAUGGGCGUGAACCCAAAACCCAGUUUGAGACAA